AAGAUAGAGCCUUUAAACAUUCACAUAAUGUGGCUAAGGAAAAGUGCAUUUGGACGGCUAGAAAAGGCUCUGAAUUGUGGUGACCUAAUUCUUAUUUGUUUCCAGGUUGGCAUGAUGGCAUUGCCAUUAAGCCUUGAAGGAACAUUAAACCCUUUAUGCUAUUUCAAUCCCUAUGCAACUUUGCGUAUAAAUGCAGCGGUAGGUGGAUUCCCCAUCCACCAAUUACCAUUGCACCCUUCAUUUAGUAGGAAGAAAUCACUGCCCUUUAAGCUAAAGGCAAAUGAAGCGAGGGUACUAUAGUCAUCUAGUGGUAACCCAGGAGGCAGUCCAAUGCCAUCUUUCCCCUUUCAGUUGCUUAUGCUCUUUAUGGCAUAUUCAUUUUCCUUAUAUUUCCAUGGCAUGGUGACAGCAGAGAAGAAGGGAAGAACCUUUUGAGUAUUGAAAGAUAACCAAUGGAAGAACAAAUUGAUUUGGUCGGGAAAGCAUUUGUUGAUCAUUACUACCAUCUUUUCGAUAAUGAUCGGCCAGCUCUGUCUUCUCUCUACCAGCCUUCCUCCAUGUUGACGUUUGAGGGCCAGAAGAUACAAGGGGUUGAGGACAUCACUGCCAAGCUUAACCAGUUGCCAUUUGAUCAAUGCCGACAUGUAGUCAGCACCAUCGAUUCACAACCUUCUUCUUUCACUGGUGGUAUUGUUGUUUUUGUCAGUGGCAGCCUCCAAUUGCCUGGAGAGGAGCACCAUUUACGCUUCAGCCAGAUGUUCCACUUAAUCCCCGUGCCUCAAGGCAACUUCUUCGUGCAGAAUGACAUGUUCCGCCUCAAUUAUGGUUGAAUUUUUUUCCCAUUCAAUCAUUUGUGUUGUAUACUUAUUUCAGUCAAUACUGAUUUCUCGAAUAAAAUCGUUCAUUCCCUCUUUAUAUAAUUAUAUUACUCUUUUCUACCAAUAUCAUUUCUUUCACUAAACAUUCUGAAUCCCAUCCACGUGUUUAAACAGAAUAAUUUUGAUUCAAGUGCCAAAAUUGGUUUAAAUCGUACUCGGGUCCUUUUAAAGCUCCUUGGGCAUUGUUAUGAGU